UGACAGAGUAAUACUAUCAAAUUUCUAUGGACAAAUUCUAAAUUAUUUUUGUUUGUGCUCCGUUUUUAGUAUUUUUAUUUAAGAUUUUUCUAGAUAAUAAUGUCAGCACCUCAUAGUGACAAUUGGCAGGGCUGCGAUCGCCCCGACAUUUGUUACUCAUCGUUGAGACUUCUCAAACAAACGUAUGCCCCACUACCACCAAACUAAUCGAGGAUGAAGGACACAAACCAGGGGAUGGUAGCCAUCAUCCAAGGGCUGCAGGACGCAGGUCUGGCUGUCACGUUGAUAGGUCGUCGGAUCGGCAACGGUGUUAAAACUUCUGCUAUCCACGGCAACCUUCCUUACGCCAAGUCCUCAGUGGAGACGCAAUCAUCUUACCAUCCGUCUGCGAACACAAACAAUACAUCUCAACUGUGUGAUGACCGCUACAUAAGCAGCUAUCAGGUGGCACAUUGCAAUGCGAAGCCGAUAUCUUCAGAACCAAAUUCGCCAGAGUUUCCGAGACAGAGGGACGAAGCCAGCACCACUGAAGGUAAUUUCGCGAUUGGCACUCGUGAAAAUUUCAGCAAUCAUGCGCCGAUUAAAAUCAGCUUCCACCAAAGGAACAUAUAUCGAAGCCCGCAAAGAGAAUUAUCUACACAAUUGUCGAGAGAAACAGAAGCUUUCGUUAACUCCUUGAGAAAAUACCCGAGCGUGUCUCCCGAAAGGCAUCUAUCUUCGGAAUUCCUACAACGACUCAUAACAUACACUCAAGUCUCAAAGAGUUCAACCCGUUCAAGGAUAACGCGUAAACUUCGAAGCAAAAUUCUCGCGGAGACUUCAAAAGAUGGCGUCAGAUCAGUUAAACCAUCCAAAAGCGUUCAGACUUACACUCGAUUACUGUCUAAAACAAGGGACAAGGAAAAUACUGAUACUAGAAGAUCCAGAAGAAUUAUGACUAGGGCCAAAGACGUUCACAUCAGCACGACCUACAACUAUUUGGGGACUCCCCGGCGAUUCGGUGCUAGAGCAACCGAUGUGCGGUACUUGAGCGACGUAACCAGAUGCCUGAGAGACACUCUGAGGCAGUUCUGCGAUGAUCAGACGCAGGUGUGUCCCAGCGUACAAAGCCGGUACAGCCGUCACAGAAGGGAACAUCACCAUGAUUACAUGGAACCGCGGUCGAGCACGGAUUCCAACAACAUGGAAGCCCAAGUUUCUAUACCUGUGGUGUCGAGAGGUGUAUCUUGCCUGUCGUCCUGCGAAGCAAUGCCUGGUACAUACAAUCCGAUAUGCCCAUCAAAACCAAAACUGUGUUGCUACUGUCAGGAACCUGUACCAUGCAAUUGUAGAUCUUCGAAAGAAGAAAUAUUUCAAAGAAAACUAGAAAACAUCAUUACUUCUUGGCUACAAGAUCUGCCAGUGUCUUGCAAUGAUAAACCACAAAGUAAAGCCAUAAGAGAAAAUAAAAUUCUGGAUUUGAUUGACAAAUUAAAAACAUUGGAUUACGAUGAUAAUUUCGAGGAAAAUGCUAAGAACGAAAUAUUGGAAUGCGUAGACAAUUUACCAAUUUGGCGUCCAGCUGAUGAACGCGAUCGGGAAAUAUUUAAAAUGCAAAUCGUGGACAAUUUAAUGGAUAAAAUAAGAAUCUUGGAAAGUGACAAAGAAAAAGGCAGAGAAGAAAUUGCGCAAUGGCUAGAUAAUAUUUCUAUUAAAUCUCGGGAUAGCCAAGGAAACCUCGUUGAUAAAAACGACACAAAAGGCAAACUGACAGAGAAGUUGGUGGCUUUAGUGUUGAAUCUACCUUCAGGCGAAAUUAUGAAACAAGAACUGCUUAAGAUAUUGAAUGAAUUUCCAAUCAAAGUUAAAGAAGAUGAAAGUAAUUAUAAAGAUAAUCUUGCCCUAAUCUUAACUGAAAAAUUGCAGACACUAAGUUUAAAAGACGCUAGAAGAGAUAGUUAUAUAAGUGGGGAAUAUGAGAAACACAUCUUAGAUUGGCUUGAAGAUUUACCAGGAGUCUCUAAAAGUAACAUCACAAAUAUACAAAAAAACAGAAAACGAGCCAAAUCACUCACAAAAAAACUUCAACAAUUACUCUCACGAGGAAUCCAUACCAAAGAUAUUCAUGACAAAAUGCAAGAGGAAAUUUUUGGCUGGCUUGAAAGUAAUACAGAAAAUGUUGAUUCUCAAACUAAGAGUAAGCUAUCUGAGAAAUUAAUUAAUAGUUUAGCUAACAAUGUACAAAGCAGAGGAGCUAAGGGGACACCCGAACACUGCAAAGACAUAUUAACGGAACAGAUUUUAGAGUGGUUAGAAGAGAUACCAGAACUAUCAGGUAGUAAAUUAGAAAAUCAAAACAUGGCUGAAAUUUUAGCUAAUAAAUUACGAACAAAUAUUAGCAACGGCAAUAAACAAAUUGACAUAGAAAAUGAAAUUUCAAAUUGGCUGCUUGAUACGUUACAAAACAAAGGGGAAAAAUUAGAUGCAAUUGAUCAAAACAACUUGAUGAAAAUGCUUGCCAGAAAAUUAGACUCGGUAUCAGAAAUCGAACAUAUGAAUAAAGAUCUCACCCAUAAUAUAUUAGAUGUACUUGCAGAAAUCCCUGGUUUAAAUGUAACAACAAAGGAAAUUAAAAAUUUAGCCAAUCAGUUAGCAGAUGUUUUUAAUGAGUUAAGACCAAAUGACAAGGAAAAUAUUAAAGAAAAUAUGGACAGUCGAAUAGUACCCUGGCUAUCUAAUCUUUCAAGAUUAACAGAUGUAAAACUGACUCCUAAAGACAAAGAAAACUUAGAAAAUAAAUUAUUAUCUGUCAUAGAAACUACUUCCAAGCAAAGGAAACGUUGGAGCAUACAAGAAAAUUUUAGCGAUUCUAUCAGUAAUAGUAUUUCAGAUAUGUUGGAAGAUACUUAUAUAAAAGAUAAUAAUAACAAUAAAAGGAAAAGACUAAACAAAAUUUCCGACUUGACUAAUGAAGUUGCUAACAAAAAACAAAGUUCAGAUAAGUAUGAUGUAUUAACUGAAAAAGUAGAUAUUUCGGAGGAACAAGUAAGCUCACCAGCCAAACAAUCAAAACAUAUUGCUAAUGAUAGAAUAAAUAAAAGUAAUAAUACAAACUAUCCAAGUAUUUUACAGGAAACCGAACUAAAACACUCAAUACAAGAAAAUGUAAAUAACAUCCUUAAUGGCACUAAAACAAAAAUUGAAAACAAAGACGAAGUUGAAUCGACCAUAUCCAAUAUUCUUGCUGACCAAGCAAUGCGUGGCGAAAAUAUUGAACAAACACAAGCACGUUUAUUAAGUGUGCUAAAAAUUUCAAACAUGCCUGAAAUGGAAUCAAAUAGAAUUGUCAAUCAAUUAUUAGAAAUAUGGAAAGAACUGUCUAUAGAUUCCGAAAUUAAGCCACACAAAACACCGAUUUCUCAAUCAUUUUCAUCUAUAGAAAGGGACACAUUUAUUGACAGUGCUCAAAAUGAAAUUUUUGAUUUUACUAGAAGCUUAACAAAUGACAACAGCCUGCUUGCCACAAAAAAAUGGAAAAUGGCUGCAGCAGAACUUGCAGAACAAGUAAGUAAUAUAUUAUUUGACUCAAGCAUGACAUCAGCUGAUAAAGAUAAAUUGUUAAACCACAAAGUCUUACGAUAUUUUCAAGGUAUAGACUUAAAACAUAGUCAAAGACCAUAUAAUCAUUCUAAAGAACUUGUGAGUAGAUUACAAAACCUAGCUUUUGCAACAUCGACGCCACGGAAUUCAAAUGCGGCUGAAAAUACGUAUUUUCCUCCUCAUAAACAAUCUGAAGAUCUCUCGAUUUCUUUGAUUGCUGAAAACAGUACUUUUAGUAAGUAUAAAAAACAGCAUCCAGUAUCUAUAGAAGACAAACAAUACAUGUCACAGCUUGAACACAAAAUUAAUAGUUGGUUGCAUAUUAUGCCAAAUAUGUUUGGUAUAGAAGAUAAUAAAAGCAUCAGGGAACUCAUGAUUAAAGACCUGGUUGCUGAUAUUGUAGAUAGGCAAAAAUACUUGCAAUUAAAUCCUGAGCUUAAAACUGCAGAGGAAGAAGAAUUGGAACAUUUAAAGUACCAAAUCUUCCGAUGGCUUAAUAAGUUACCAAAUAUUAAGGAUCUCAUGCCUUAUAUCGAUAAAACACAAGAGUUAAUGAAACUUAUAAAAGAAGUUCCAGUUCCUCAGUUUAUCAGGGAUAAGAAGCCUUACAAAUAUACUGUGCAUCAUUCUAAAUCAAAAAAUGAUUCUAUUUUUGAUUCAAUAUGUGAUGGAGUAUCAAAUUGGAUAGAAAAAACCCCUUCUUAUCUUUUAACAUCUAGCGAUAAAAAAUAUCAUACCGAAAUGAUUAAAGAGUUGGCCAAUAAUAUAGAUCAGUAUCAAAUAAAUAAUACCUUGACGGAGACAACUUUGGACAAUCUUAUUUUAAAAUGGUUGGAAAAAAUGCUAAAUAGUAGUAAGCAAGCACUAGAAAAUAAUUCAAAAGGGUUAAAGGCUGCGUUAAUUAAUAACGGAAUAGUAUCACUUUCAGAUAGUGAUUCAAGUAAGGUAUCAAAUUAUAUGCAUCGUUCUAAUUCGGCUGAUAAUUUUCAAGUAAUUCUUGAUGAUUGGAUUAAAACCUUGCCUUUAAAAUCUAGGACUUCAACAGACAUUAAAAAAAUCGAGGUCCUCAAAAAAGACCUAGCCGAUAAGCUGAAAAAAAUACAACAACAAUAUCCAAAAGGUUCUGAAAAUUAUGAUAGCAAAAUUAAAAAGGGUAUUGAGAAAUAUCUGCAGCUGCUUCCUAUAAAUCCAAUGAAACGACAAGACCAGUCAUUUUUACGACAAAAGGUGAUGGAAUUAUUUGAAAAAUUAAAAUAUUUGCAUUCUGAGUCUAGAUUCCAUAAAACGUCAAUAAGCAAUGAAACUGUUAAGACGAUAAUCAACAACUGGGCUUCUAAAUUACCACUGAAACCAGGGAAAUAUAAAAAUAAUAUUAAAAAAGAUAUUGAUCAAUUCACGUAUGAUAUAUAUGAAAAGAUAAAAAGUAAUAAUGUGAAAGAUUCAUAUGCUGAUAUAGAAAAACAGAUAAAAGAAUUUCUGAAAAAAAUACCCCUACAAAUGCACUCAAAUAUUAACAAUCACGUAAAUGACCUUAUGAAUAGUAUAUUAGGUUUUAUUCAAUCUUUAACACCGUUGAAUUUUGAAAAUUCAACAAAGAACUCUCAAAGUGACAUAGAAAAUUUGUUCGACAAUCUUCCUAUGUUCUGUGGUAAUAAUCCAGAAGAAAUCGAAGAUUUAAAAAAAAUUAAACAAAAUAUUGUUAACAAGUUUUCAAAUAAAAUAGGAGCUCUAAAUAUGAAGCCUGAUAUAAUUUAUGAUAAGACUCUGUAUGAGAAUUUGUUGAAAGAAGAAAUAGAUGAUAUACUUUCCAACUUACCACAAAUACCUCAAGUGCUUAACAACGUUGAUUUACUUAAGGAUAAUUUAAUUGAAAAAGCUAAGCAUGUGAAUCAAAAGACACAAAAUGAAUUGGCAGGGCAUACUUACAAGCAACAACUUCGAGAUGCUAUAUCGUCUUUACCUUCAGUCGAAAAUUUAGCAGCGGGCGAAAAGGUACCAUUUGAAAUCCUGAAAGACAAUGUAGCUGAUGCUUACAUUAACCUGCAUUAUACACCCAAUAGCGAAUCAAAAGAUAAAUAUAAACAAAAAAUAAGAGACGAAAUAAACAAAUUUUGCAGCGAUUAUUUAAAACGUUUUCCCGCAUCACCUAUGGACGCCAAACAACUAAAUCAAGAAUUAUACUGUGCUUUGCAAAAAGUUCCAAGACCAAAAGAUGAUACAAUAAAAUCCCAAGUAGAGCAAGUGCAAAUAAAAGACCAAAUACACGAAUGGCUAAAAGACAUACCUUUGAAAAACAAAUCACCUGAGCAGCAAUUGCAGAAAAAUAAAAUAGUUUCAGUUUUGGCAAAUAUAUUACAUGAAAUAGAAAAGGAAAAAAAUAAUAAAACUGACGCUGACAUAGAAACUAGAAUGAGACAAGAUAUAGUAAAGUGGAUUAAAAGACUUUCAUUAACAUCUGAUGAAAAAAAACACAUCGAUGAAAAGGCAGAUGAACUAAUUAAUAAGUUAAAAUCUACAGAAAGCAGCAGGAGAAUCAGUAUUUCCAAUUUAAAUGAUAAAAUUGAUGCAGCGAGCGAACACAAGUCAUCACAAUAUCAGAAUCAAAUACCACAGUCUACUCUUUCUAAAGAAGACAGAGCACACUUAGAACGAAUUCGACAAAGAGCCCAAAGACCACAGUAUACGCCACCAGCCUGUCUUUGCAAGGACGCAUCUGUCAGUCCCAUACCAGUAGAUGAAAGCAGUCAAACCGAAAUUAGAGUUGGACAGCGUCAACCUUUAUCUCCAAAUAUAAAUAUAAACGAGUAUAAUUGGGAAUCGAUGGAUAGCGCUUCAAAAACUUGGGAAUCUCGCAAAGAAUCAGAACUUCAUAGUCACAUACCUUUGCCAAGCGCACUUAACGUUAGUAAACAGCAAAUGGAAUCUUCAUCAGAAAAUGUAACUCCUCAGGAACAAAGUCUGGCCUGGUCCCAGUCGUUCGCAGGUAGAAAUUCAAAUAUUAUUCCGCCAAAUCAAUUCGGAUCUCUACAAUCAUCACCAUAUUUAAUGACGCCAACUCCUUGUAUCUCAAAACCUCCUUGUGCUUCGCAAUUUCAGAACCAGUACUUGAUACCCGCUCCAACUUAUACAGAGCCACAACCUCCUUGUAUUCCUUUAUCCUGCAUCUCUACGCAACCAGCUUGUGCAUCAUUAGCAAAAUCUAAUACGUCAUCUCCAUCUUUAUCGUUACGUCCAUCGGUGCAUUAUGAAAAUCCGCAUCCACCAUGCCAGCGGCCCUUUUCGGUUUUGUCUCAAAAACCGUGUCCUGUUUUUCAACCACCUUACAUACCACCAUCUGCAAGCGCUCCCCCACCUUGUACGUUGCAACAAGCUCCUAUAACUCCAUUGCCAUCAACGUUGCAAAUGGGGCUUAAUCAUUCACAUGCCCCUCCAUAUCUAUUUCAAAAUUCACCUCAGGGAGAAAGUCGAAAACCUCAAUUUUGUAUGAAACCAUCUGAUUUCUCGAGAGGGUCCUGCCCCGCAGAAGAAUUCUCUCAGCUCCGACGACUUAGAUGUCAACCUUUAGUAACGAAAGGUGCUAUGGAUGAUGUACCACCUUGUGUAACAAACAAGUUUGCCAAUCAAUCGCCUGAAUGUGAUAGCAAACAAACAGAAAAUGAAGAUUGGGGCCUAUCAUGUGCAAAAAGAGGACCUAUUACAGUACCACUUCAAAGUCAAGAGUUUUCAAGAGAUAGAAAUAAUGACAAAGAAAAAUAUCGUUCCCGAGAGCGCUGUCAAGGAAAAUGUUCAGGAAGACGACCCCGCAACUUUAAUCGCCGUCCAUGCCUCACUACAGAUUCGAUGCAAUAUUGCUCAAAAUGCUGUGGAGUCCACUGUCCUCAUCCUAGUUAUUUAUACUUCAAAUAGUGUUGUUUUUGAAUUGUGUUUGACUAUAAAAUGUAUAUUAUUAUUUUUUUCUUCAA